CGCCGCCUCCGAUGGCCGACGCCGCCGGCGAGGUCACCGCCCAGAUCGAGACGGAGACAGAGACGGUCCCCGUGGAUACCGACACCGACGGUGGAGAGGAGGAUCGCCUCAGCGCGCUCCCGGACGACAUCCUCUGCUCCAUCCUCCUCCGCCUCGGCUCCACCCCCGCCGCCGGGCAGACCGGCGUCCUCUCCCGCCGCUGGAGGCGCCUCCCCUCCAAGCUCCCCAAGCUGCUCUUCCUGUUCCCCUCCGCCCCGGCCUGCGUCGGCCCCGGGAUCGCCGCCAACGUCGCCCCGGUGCUCCGCCACGUCGACGUCGUGUGCUGCGACGCCCCCGCCGAAGCCGUGGCCACCUGGCUGCACCACGUCGCGAGCCGCAUCGCCGAGGACGGCGUGGUCUACUUCAGGAACACGCUGUCCCAGAGGCGCGUGGUGGUGGUGUUCACGGGGGUACAGGGCGCUCAGCGCACGGGCUACUUCGUCCCCACCUACGAGCUGCCCUGCUUCGCCACCGCCGCCAAGCUCUGGCUGUACCUGGAGUUCCUCCCCCUGGAGCUGCCGCGCUCGGGCGUCUUCGCCCGCCUCACCGAGAUGUUCCUGGACCACCUCGACUUCAACCACAAGGGCAGGGGCAAGUUCGGCCACGUCUUCUCGCCGGCGCGCUGCCCGGUGUUGCGCCGCCUCCGCAUCGCAAUGUGUACGGGGCUCGACGUCCUCUGCAUCUACUCGGAGUCGCUCGAGCAUUUCGAGAUUGAGUUCGUGGCUGGAUUGAAGGAGCUCUCGCUUCUGACGCCAAAGCUCACGACGCUCGAAGUGUCCUAUUGCUUUUAUUACAUCCAGGAGUGGUUCUGCUCAAUCACUGCCCCGGCUCUGCAGUUUCUUAGAUGGGGUGAUCGGUUUCAUCCUGAAUCGGUGCUGUUCAUCGGCGUUAUGCACCUCCUGCAGCUCACCAUCUUCACCAUUCCUGUCUAUGGUCGGCCUGGCUGCAGAACCAUUCAGGAAUUUGCGUUGCUCUUGCAGCACUUCUGUGCUGUCUCCCGUCUAGACCUCCUGCUGAGCUAUGAUUGGGAUUUAAAUGAGUACGUAUAUUUGAUGGAAUCCAUAACCAAAAUUCCCUACAUGAAUACCAUGUCUUUAUGGUUAUACACAAGAGGACAUGCAAUUGGAACUUCUGUCUUCCAUUUGCUCUCACUAUGCCCUAGUGUUAAAAACCUUCAAGUGACAUUACUUGAUGACAUAAAGGAAGAUAGUCCUUGCCAACAGUAUUGCGAGUGUGAUCAGCAUCCAGACUGGGGUGAAUGGGAAACUGUCGUGUAUGGUCUUGAGGAAGUAGAAAUCCGCAACUUCAGAGGAACAAAACAUGAUUUUACCUUCAUGAGUCUACUGUUUCUGGUGGCACCAUUGCUUAAAAAGAUGAAGAUAACUGUCGAUGGUAUGGCCAAUGCAAGUGAGGAAUCAUCCCAGGGACUGCGCGAAAUUGCCGCAGAACACCCUGGGGCCUGCUUUGAGGUAUACUACAAUACGACUGGGGAAUUCUAUGAAUUUCGGCCAAGCAAUUUCAUCAAGACACCUGAUGACCAUUAUUAUGAACCUCGAUAACGAUCAAUACAUGAUGGGUGACAUAACUAUGCUUCCACGUGUGGAGAAAUUGCACCUGCGGUUAUCAUCACGGCCCCAUGC